AAAGCCUGGAAAGCAUUUUCUCGCCGUGUAUCGGCCGGCGAAAUGCCCGAGUGAGUAAGACAAGGACAGCGCGAUCGAUUGUUCGUCCUUGUCAAACUGACUUGACCCAACCUUCCUGCUCUUGCGCUUGUGCGCACGGUGUUGGUUCGCGAUCUCGCCGCACGAGGCCUCCAAAGUCAGCGCUGGAUUUGUCUCUGGCUCCUGCAGAUCCUUAAAUGCAAGAUUUUCAAGAAAUAAUUGUGUUAUUAUAAAUUUCUUAUUUGCCAUAUAAGGAGAAUGACGCUCUCUCCGAAGGACUUAGUUAAACUACUUGAUCUUCUCAAUGAGGAACAUUCGGACACCAUCCUGGAGAAUCUAUGCAAUCAACUGCACCAGAGUUUCUCCAAGGAAGAUCGUUUCAAAGUAGGAAACACGUUGUUGUUAUCGCUGCAACAUAUCGAUCUAUUGCCGAAACAUCCUCAACGCAUCAUAGCAUUAACAUUAUUGUUUGAUUUAUACAAAGGUGAGCCAUUAGCCUCCACACCCUUUGCCCCUGUGUUUGUUCAAAUGCUAAAGGCACCACAGGAAAACACCAGCAAUGGAAUUCCGAAGCUACCCAAUCACACAGGUCAUAUACCAUCUCUGUCAACCUGUGAGAAAAAUCUACUAGCAAAUUUAAUAGGAUACAAUCAGAAGGAGAUCAUGAAAAAAACACCACGUCAAAUUAUGGACGAAUUUUAUUUUGCUUCCGUGCCAUCUAUUGAUUUAACCAAUUUGCAGUUGCAAUUAGCAGAGCAUCAUUCUGAACUACCAUCUGUCAGUAAGUGUGGACAUCCUGUUAUUUUGCCAGAUAUGGAUCAAUCUAAAGUAACAGAGCUUGAUAAGAGAAAUGUGAUGGAGAGUCUCACAACUGGAGAUCCACCUUUGUGCAGACAAAGUCAUCAUCCUGAGUUUUUGCGGCUGGCACCACCUCUUUAUCAUUCCAUCAAUGAAUUAUCUUGGUUCAAUGUCACAGAACUGACUCAAUUUACAAUUGAGUAUGAUACCAGCAUGUGUGUGUCCAAUUGCGCUGGUGCAGAAGCUCGGAAGCUGAUGGGUAAAGCUUUCAAAAGUGUUUUGACGCUGCAGCAACAACAGCAUCUUGUAAAUGAACUGGAUAGAGAUCCGAAGUUAGUAUAUCAUAUUGGUCUCACACCGGGCAAGUUGCCAGAUUUGGUUGAAAAUAACCCUCUAAUUGCUAUUGAAGUUUUAUUAAAAUUAAUGCAAUCCAGUCAGAUUACUGAGUAUUUCAGUGUAUUGGUAAACAUGGAGAUGUCUCUUCACUCCAUGGAAGUUGUAAACAGAUUAACCACUACUGUAGAUUUACCGACAGAAUUUGUACAUUUGUAUAUCAGUAAUUGUAUAUCCACCUGUGAGACUAUCAAGGAUCGUUACAUGCAAAACCGGCUAGUACGGCUAGUUUGCGUGUUUCUGCAGUCCUUGAUAAGAAACAAGAUUAUAAAUGUACAAGAAUUAUUUAUCGAAGUCCAGGCAUUUUGCAUUGAAUUUAGCCGUAUCAGAGAAGCUGCUGCAUUAUUCCGACUUCUGAAGCAACUUGAAUCAGGUGAUACAGGUGGACUUAAUGCUCCACCUACAAAAAAUAAGAUAGAUAUGUGUUAACAAUAAUAUUAUUCAGGUUAUUUAUAGCGGGAUAUAAAUCGUUUAUUAAUCAUGUUAUAAUUGCAAAAUUAAAAUCAGUGAACAAGAUGAUUAUAUUUGGUUCUUUGUUGUAAAUCAUAUUUUAUACGAUACAAUAUUUGAUUAAAUUAUGCAUUAUUCACAAAUAUUUUCAAAAUAUUUAAAUAAAAUAGUUUGAUCAAUAGACAUUUAUGUAUUACUUUUAUGUAUAUUGUGUUAUUGUACAUAAUUAUGUAAUAACAUAAUUGUAAAGAAAAAAAUUUCAAAAUUCAAUCACAUGUAAAGAAUUAUGUUGAAUCAGACAUGCCUUGAUCAAAAUUUUACUGAAACUAUAUGAUUAUAUGUGUGAAACUGGAUAUACAAUAGAAUGAAUAAAGUUUGCAAUAUGUAUGAAGUAUUGGGAA